AUGUCAUCUGUAGCCAGACCAGUUGUCGGUCGUACUCUCGCGAAUGUUGAAAGAGAUACCUUGGUCGUUAAGAUAACGGCUGAGACAUACUCCCCCACGAGUCCACUCGACGCGUCAGAACAACCGGUAGCUACUCAACUCUCUGUGGUCUCAAUCCACCUUUCCAUCGUAGUCAGCUGUUCUGGAGCUAGCUGCUGUGAUGGUUGUGGUUGCGGUGGAUCCUGGAGGGCCGGAGGUUGCAUCCGCAACGGCCUUGUACGUCCCAAACGUCAUGGUACUGACUUCACUGUACCACUCAGCAGGGUAGCUCUCGUUCUAUCCAUGGCUUUGCAGACUCUUGCUGAGACGUCUCCGGUGAAACCAGGCUCGAAUAGGGCCUGA